AUGCAGGACGCGCCGGCAUCGAAUGAUCUCGUCCCUGCUCCCAGCAGUAAUAAACAGAAUUAUUUGCUUCAAAUGCCCACCGAGCUGAUCCAGCAUGUCGCCUACUUCUUGCCCGAAAACACAGACAGGGUUAACUUUGCAUUGUGCUCAAAAGGCCUGAAAGAUAAAAUUCUACCGGCUGAAUCUCAUAUAUGGCGAAGGUUGUUUAGAGAUACUUACGACGACUUGCCGCACCGUACUCUUGUUGAUUACAAGAUCGAAUAUCAGAUUCGAGCUUUGGUCCUUCCAAGGACUGUGGAGUUCGGACAUGGCCAGAAAGAACGGCAAACAUAUUGGCUUGAACUUGUGGGAAACAUGGUCAGGGAAGGUCUCUGGCAAAAGGAGAGCAAGGGGUGGAGCAAAAACUUCGACCAUUUUCGCCAGGUACUUGCUGGAACUGAGUUUCUGAAUCGCCCUGUAAGCGGGCAUUUGAUGGAGAAGCCUGAUCUGCCUUCGGAUUUGUUCUGUGCUGUUCGACUAGCAUUCACAUACUUGGCCCUGGAUCCCUUCAUGUCUGUUAAAUGUUUACGGACCGACUAUGAUGCCAGAAUCGUGUACGCAUGUCCCGACACAGAAUCGGGGCUAGUCAGCGACAAAUUCCACCUCUCAACCGAAACAGCGUUGCAUAUACGGAAUUUCUGGGUCCGCCACCUCCUCAAUCCGGAAGAAAGUAUAUUCUAUAACUCGUAUUUGAGUCUACCCGACUGCCACAGGCCAGGAAAUCCUGAUUUAUUGGGCACCAUAUAUCACGAAAAGCGAAAGCUUCAUCUGUCUUGGUUUGGUUAUGAGUCAUGUUUCUGCCCUUAUCCACCUACUUCAAGUGAUCUCGAGGUCCGACAUAGCUGUGCUGACGGGAGCGGCCACAUCAUCGAAGUUGAGCAUAUUACGCUCCAACUGGAUAUACAUGAUGAUCCCAAAAACUGGCCUGAUCUGUUUGAGAAGUUCGUAACCGAGUAUACCCAUGAUACGACCUUCUUCCGCGGUAUUCAGACGUAUCACGGAUCCAGCGAAAGUCGCUCGAUUGCGAUACGGGGCUUCAUUGAGGGCAUCUACGGCGCCGGGCUCCGUGAAUGCUGGUCGCGCAUUUGCUGGGUCGCGUAUAAACAGACUAAAGUCUCGGAUGGUGAACAGGAACAGGGGCAAGACUUGGGAAGUUCCUUCUUCAAUGGAUUAUGGCCGCCAAUAGAUAUGGAUACCGAUUUCGACUAUAUCUAUGGAUAUGAGGCAGUGCUUGUUCCUGGGAGCUCGCUUAUGGUUGGGCACUGGUGGGAUCCUCGAGCAGAUGAGGCUACUGGUGCAAAGGGGCCGUUCAUCUUCUGGCGCCUCAUCGCCGAUGACUCCAACAAGGAUCGAGGUCCAGCCAUGACUAGCAGAGACGAAGCCGAUCCGUCUGCCGCCCAUGCUCCGCUCCUCGCUCCGGAGUUUCCAGCGAGGCAGCAUAACGAGGUAGACCAGCCCAGGCACUCAAGUAGUCGGUUUAUAUGGUAUCUCACCUUCUCCGCUGGAAUUAGCGGUCUCCUUUUUGGAUAUGACACCGGCGUUAUUUCAUCCACCCUUGUAUCUAUCGGCUCCGAUCUCUCGAACCGGGCCCUUACAACCUUGGAUAAGAGCCUCAUUACGUCCUGCACAAGUCUAUUUGCCCUCAUCGCAAGCCCGCUCGCUGGAAUCUUGGCGGAUAGGCUCGGUCGGAAGAAGGUCAUCCUUGUCGCGGACAUCUUGUUUACCGUCGGAGCGUUUAUACAGGCUGCUUCGAGCGAAGUGUGGAGUAUGAUUAUUGGUAGAAGUAUUGUUGGCCUUGCAGUUGGCAGUGCUAGUUUGGUUACCCCCUUGUAUAUAUCGGAGCUAGCACCUUCAGAUGCAAGAGGCAGGCUUGUCACCAUAUUGAGUCUUUUUAUUACUGGUGGUCAAGUGGUGGCAUACAUCGUCGGCUGGCUAUUCUCUUAUGUUGAUGGAGGAUGGCGCUGGAUUGUCGGCUUGGGAAUGCUUCCGGCAAUCUUCCAGCUCAUCAUCGUUAUAGCUUUACCUGAGACACCGCGAUGGCUGGUGCAGGCAGGUCACGAAGACAAAGCCCGGGGUAUCCUGUCAAAGGUCUAUCAAGACGACCAAAUCGCGAAGCAAACCUUGCGGGAUAUUCAGCAGGAGGUUGCCGAAGAGGAGGCUGUCACCAAAACUUCCGAGGGUGCAGGCGUUAAACAGCGAGCGCAUGACUUGUUCCAGAUAGGGGGCAAUCGAAGGGCAUUGACAAUCGCCGUGAUGCUCCAAGCAUUGCAGCAACUAUGCGGCUUCAACAGUCUCAUGUAUUUCUCAGCGACAAUAUUUUCCCUUCUUUCGUUCUCCUCGCCAACCCUUACUUCGUUAUCUGUUGCCAUGACAAACUUCAUCUUCACGCUGCUUGCCUUUGUCUACAUCGACCGGAUUGGGCGCCGCCGUAUCCUCCUCUGCUCAAUACCAGUCAUGGCCAUCUCGCUCUUUGUCUGCGCCCUAACAUUCUCCUCUGUGGAGUUGCCAAACAACUCGCCAGAGGCACACGCUCGUCAAGCUGCGCCGCAUAGCUCCAUUCUCCCAUUGGUCAUCCUACUAUGUCUCACUAUCUACACUGCAGCCUACGCUUUUGGCCUAGGCAAUGUCCCCUGGCAACAAUCGGAGCUUUUUCCUUUGAACGUGCGGUCACUCGGGUCCGCUCUUGCGACUGCAACAAACUGGGGCUCGAAUUUUAUCAUUGGGCUAACCUUUCUCCCUAUGAUGGAGCUGCUGUCUCCAAGCCUGGUCUUUACGCUUUACAGCGUUGUUAGCAUCAUUGGCUGGUUUGGAGUGCGUGCUAUUUACCCUGAGAUGAAUGGGCUCAAGCUUGAAGACGUAAAGGAUCUUCUUGCAGAUGGCUGGGGUGUGAGGGAGAGCUUGGUCAGGGCUCGUAAUAGGUCUGCUUGA